AUGAAGGACAUUGCAUUUUUCUUCCUGCCUGCGGGGAUCGGGCUGUCAUGCCUGUUGCUGAGUGGGGUGGCUCUCUUCCAGCGUAUAGCGAUAUCCAUCCAAAAAAGAAGCAUCAAUUUCCAGAUAUACAAAUACCAGGUGAACGUAUCUGUGUCAUCCCUAAUUUCUUUUUAUGCUUUGUUACGGUUGGCCUUUACUAUUUUAGAGCUCAAGAAGCAUAACGAUGAUAAGGAUGGUUUGGACUUUUCGGUUCACAUGCCCCACGUGCACAAAGCGUACCUCAAAAAGAUGCGACUGCAGAGGAACUUUUGGAUCCUGCUACUGUGCUCAAUUGCGUGGGUAUUCUACAUCCGCUUCACGUAUUUAAUAUUGUAUUAUCGAGAGAAGGUUAAGAAGAGCGAUGAGGAAUAUGAAGCCAUCAUGGUUCUGAAGGGAACGCUGAACAAGUGCACCAACAGCGUGACACAGAGUGAUGGGCGCGGACUCAAGUACAGCGAAACUUCUCAGGAGGAAGACCUUCUAUCGGACAGUGACAUCACCACCGACGGGAACGCAAACACAUCGGAGAAGUCGUCCGUCCUGGAGGACGGCCAGAGGAAGAACCCUGGCAUUCGGCAGCGCCGCUGA